AUGAAUACUUACAGCGAUAGCACUGCCCAAAACCAACAGUUGCAAGCCACAUCCCAACCUGCUACCUCGGAGGCAAUGACCGAAGCUCACGGUUCUCCAUUGGCUUAUCAGAGACAGGCACAACAACAACCUCAACAGGCUCCACCACACCUCAACUAUGCUCAGCAACACGUUGCCAUGCCUGGAGGUAUGUUGACUGCACAAGCUGGACAAGUACCUGCUGCUCCCGUUGUCGAGGAAGAACCUUUAUACGUAAAUGCAAAACAAUAUCACCGAAUCCUCAAGCGACGUGCUGCUCGUCUCAAGCUUGAAGAAUUACACAAAUUAGAAAGAACAAGAAAGCCGUAUCUUCACGAGAGCAGACAUAAGCAUGCUAUGCGUCGCCCUAGAGGUCCAGGUGGUAGAUUCUUGACUGCUGCUGAAAUUGCUGAAUUGCAAAAGUCAGGUAAAUUACCCACUGAUGAUAUGAUGAAUGCGUCCAAGGAGAACACCACGCCAUCUCCAUCAAAUCAGCAGCAACACCAACAAGCAUCUCAACAGCAACAGCAAGCUCAACAACCUCAACAACAUAUCAACCUUCAAACAUAA